AUAUAUGAUCGCCCUUAAGGAAAACAUUGGUGUUUUGUCCCAUACACUAUGCCGUAAUUUUGCCGUCAAGUGUUGCUGAUUGUCGCAGCCUUCAUUUCAGCAGCAGAGGUCACAACACAUAUUUCAGUAUGGGAGGUGAUCACGGCCACAGCAAGCUGUCCAUGCCGGACUGGCGACAGUGGAAGGUGGAAGGAACCCCGCUGGAGUUCACACAGCAGAGACUGGCAACCAGGGGCCUCAAAGACCCGUGGGCACGCAACGAGGCAUGGAGGUAUUCAGGUGGCUUCGCCCGUGCAGUGACUCUGUCAGAGGUUCUGCUCAGAGGAUUUAAGUGGGGCUUCGCUGCAUUUACUGUUGCCCUGGCGAUAGAGUACACCAUGUUUCCUCCAAAGAAAGGGGGGCACUGAUUCUCUGCACUUGAGCCAACACCAUAUGUAAUUUGAUCUUAUGACAUUCUGUAUUUUCAGUUUAAUUAAAUGUAUUUUGAUCACCUCA